CAUUUUGGAAGGAAAGGAAAUAAUGACGAUAUAGAAAUUCCAAAACUGGCAAUAUUAUGCAAUGGAGGCGAUACUUGGCGAUACUCAAGUUGGUAUAGAAAAUGUGCCAGAUAUCAUCUUUGAAAAAAUCAUUCGCCUUCUUGAUGCUAGAAGUGUUUUAAUAGCAAAACAGGUGUCCCAUGUUUGGAAAAAAAUAAUCGAGCACCUUGAGCAUCGGGAGAAAAAACCGUUAUGGCGACAUAUAUGUCUACGCGACAUUCAUAGGGCCUCCCUAAUAGACAUUAUAGGUUUCAACCCCUAUAAGCAGGAGGUAUCUGGUGGUGACGAGGGAGACUUGUGGAAGAACGUCUACAAGAGCUGGAAGACAGGCCAAACUUUGAGUUUUCAUAAACAGAAAUCUCACAAGCUGACAGGAGUUAAGAUAAGUGAUGGAUACACAAGCGUUAUGCAAAUCGGAACCUAUACGUAUAUUCUCACACAUCAUGACGUUAUGCUAUCUGUAUGGAAUGUUAAUACCAGUCACAAAGUUCUACAUUCCCAAAGCCUAAAAGACAAGCUACUUCCAAGCAAUCCACAUUGGAAUCAGAUGUAUCCGUACGUACAUAAUCCACUCUGCAAGUUUUCCGAGCAUCAAGAUUUGUCGCAGCUUUCCCUCAUAAUACCGGCCGUUGAUGGUUAUAUUCAGUGGUGGGCAUUUUCUAAUGGAGGAUUUGGUUUGAAAAACAAUUUAAAAGUGGAAUAUGAAUAUGUGAGAGUCUGGCAUAACCUGUUAGUAAUUGCAUAUGAAGGUUGUAUACAAGUCUUCAUUCUUGAAAGAGAGGAAGGGGAAUUUAACUUUCGUAGCAGAAGUACGUCUAAUGAAUUACGGGAGGAUCUUGAUUGGUCGUCUAUGUAUGUUUGGGACAACAGAUGUUUAUUUGGAGUAAACUCAACACCUUCAUUUGUGAUUUAUGACUUGGAUGACUUCCAAUCUAAAGUGUUACAGGUAGUAGCAGAACCUACUGCUUCAUUGCUAGGCCCACGGAUAUUUGGAGAUUUUAUCUUAUAUAUAAUUAAUGAAGCCUGUAUAAGACGGUUAUAUGCUUUCAACACUGAAACUGGAGAGCAGUUCCCGGUGAAGGUCAACGAAGCUGAUGUGUCAGCAUACACAUUGCACGGCGACUUGCUAAUCGCUCUCCAACCCGUGUUGGGGGAGGUCAACAUUUGCAGGAUCAACUCAAGUGGACACAAGAACCCAGUUUGGUGUACUCAGGACAUGAUGGAAGAUGGUGUCAAUGAUUUGGUUGUGCCUAAGAUUUUUCAUUCAAAUAAACUGUUUGUUGGUGAUCAUUUGAUAAGUUACGGGAAAGGCGUUGUAUUUUUUAUUAGGAAAUACAAUGUUAAGGAGUAUAUUGUAAAACACUAUGAAAUUGAUUAAAAUGGGCAUAAUAUACGAAAAUAGCUUUCCGAAGUUAUGGCGCAGGUGAAAGAUGGUAAUCCCAAAUAUCUAACACCAACAAAAGUCACCAAGCAUAGCAUUCAACAGAAAGUUGAAGGGCUGUGAUUGAUACUAUAUCAUCUUUUAUGUUCCUAUCUGGGGUAUUCAAGUAUUACGCCCGUUUUCUUAAAACGAACUUUAGUCGAACUUCGAUCUAGAACUUCAUUUAGUCUUAGUCUGCAACUUCAUUCCUGUUAGAUGGCUCGUCCUGGAGCCCCAAAAUGAAAGCUGCCCCACUCAGGUGUUUCACCGACGACGGUGCUGACGUUCCCGAACAGCGGCGUCGUACGGCCCACCAAAAGGUCACUAUCCUGGAGCUUAUGCUUGGGCAAAUUGCAAAUUAUUGUCCUGUGAUUUCUCGCAACACAACUGUUAAAAGUUCCACUUCCUUGUCUCAAAUAUGGCAAACUAUCAGGUUACAUUAUGGGUUUCAGUCCACCGGUGGACAUUUUAUUGAUUUUGUGGACAUCCAUUAAAAGAUAAUGAACGGCCUGAGGACUUAUAUCAGCGUCUUCUUGCAUUUAUUCAUGAUAAUUUGUUAAAGCAAGGUGGCGGUAUUUCUCAUCAUAACCAGGUAGUUGAAGAAGACGAGGAGCUUUCCGCCUCCCUGGAAAAUAUGGUGGUCCUUAUGUGGCUCUCUCUAAUACAUAAAGGCCUUCCAAAGAUAGUUAAACAAAGGUAUGGCACAGAACUUCGUACCAGAACACUUGCUUCAAUUAAACCUGAAAUCUCACAAGCUAUUGAUUCCCUUCUAGAAGAGUUACGUACAGCCGAUGACACACGCGUCUUGCGAGCAGCAGCAGCACGCCCAGCAAGCACACCUCAUUCCCAAAGGUCUCGUCGACCGUUCCAGAUGUAAUGCCUAAUUAACCAGAUUUAUA